CGAGAGAGAGCCCAGCCCAAGGCUUGCAUUUGUGAAAAUUAAAAAAGAGCAGAGUUCCGUGAAAAUAAGAGAGAGUGAGAGAGCGCGAAGAGGUCGGCGCCAAAAUCGUGCAGAGAAAGUUAAUGAAAUUCUAAGCCUUCUAUUAAAUCUGUCUGCAAAGAUCCCUAAAAAGAGAGUUGCAUAGGUCAAGUUUAUAAAACCCUUGGCACUUUAGUGAUCUCUGCCAGAAAUCCCUAGUGCUACACAGCCAUGGAUGAUGUAAUAACGGACUUUCUACCUCCUUCAAGGCUUUAUUUCGAAGAUCUCAACGCAUUCAGCCCUCCACCUUCUCCACUGCCUAGACCCUUCAUCCUCUGGUCAAAUACCGACCAUAACCCUGACCUUAAUUUUCAUCCCAAAACCCUAAUCGUCGCCAUUUCCAAACCUUCAUGCUUUUUUCUCCACCACGUCACCUGCAAAACCCUAAUUGGAACCGUAGUUUUACCGGAGAUUUCAGUCUCCGGGAAAACCCUAGACCCCUCACACUCCGACAAUUCCUGUAACAUUUUCAAGCUAGAUUCAUCGCCUGAAACCUUCCUGCUUUUGAUCCAGUACACUGUAUGCGCUGACCGAGCUUCAGCCCUGGCAAAGCUCGUGUUUGACGAGAUCAAGCCUGAGAAAACCCUGAUUUUUGGUUCGAUUCAGAGCUGCAAUUACAGAGGCACACUUCCCGUUGAUGAAACCCUAGUUUUCAAGCUCGAAACAUCAAAGCAGAGGGAUUGCAAAGAUGAAGGUGAUGCAUUGGGGUUUGUUAAGGAUCUGAGUUAUUUCCCGUCUGGUAAUUUGAUCGAUGGUGUUGGUGCUGCUCUUUUGGCAAAAUGCCAGAUCAGAGGGAGAAACGGAAUUUUGCUGGUCUCAUGGCCUGAAUAUGGCGGUUCUAUUGUUUCUCUGUUAAAAUCUUUCAUGUUGAAUGUUAGCAAAGAGUUAGACUGUGACAUUGAUGGAGAAACCUUGAAGGAUUCUCAUUCUGAUUCUGAAUUGUACUCUUAAAAAUUCUAUGCUUGAGUUUUAUGAGAAAGAAAGUCUUUUGCAGUUAA